CUCAAAGCGCCGACGGCGAAUCCUUGUUGCCCUCGAAAACAGCGCAGCUACAAGCCCAGGACAAACGGAGCGGGAUGGCUGAUACAGUAAGCAGCGACGCUUCUACGCUUGCUCGUCACGCCUGCUGCGGAAGGUCUUCCCGGUUGCUCCUUGAGCUGCUCCGUGAGCUCCUACUUGCGACCAGUGACGGCCCGCAAGGAUUCUCAGCCGCGCUCGAUCCGGAGGGACGUCACGGGCGAGCCUUGUAGGCUACCGGAGCAUCUUGCUCGCUCCAAAGAGGGCGCGAGCAACUCCGUCUUGCUGGGUCAAGGCAAUGAAGCUCAGCCUCGCCAAGCAAGUCGCCUUCGCCUCCGCUGUGGGAAUCCUGGUCAUGGUAGCAGACGCUACGCAGCUCGGCUACUGCUAUCGUCAGCCAGACUGCGAUGGAACGCCCACAACUCUGACCGAUGUUGGCGAUAAGACGCCCACGUAUGGCCAUUGCCCCUCAUAUAAGCGAGAUGACACCCUCCUCCGGGCGGUGACCAUGUACGCUUGCACU